AUGGAACCACCAACCAAAAAGAUCAGAACAGACUCGGGAUCUCCCGAACAGGAGUCAAAACUGGAAUCUCCUUUGUCAACAAUACACGAUAUAGCCACCCUCCGCAGUGUCAUCACCCCACCACCGCAGUCUCGGCAGGUCGCAUCCUCCUGCCCGGACGCAAAGAAUGAGAGCAAUGUGCCAGACACCAUCCCAACAAGUUCUACACCCAGCUCCAUUCCUCCAAAGGUCAUUGAGUCCCCAAUUCAACUAUCUCACAUCCGUGAUCUUCCCACAAGCAAAGGCUACAAUGUGGACACGGUUCGACUGCGCGAUAUCCUCGGGGAUCCAAUGAUCCGCGAAUGCUGGCAAUUCAAUUACCUCCACGAUGUGGAUUUUGUCAUGUCCCAGUUUGAUGAAGACAUGAGAGAUCUUAUCAAAGUCAAAGUUGUGCAUGGAUCAUGGCAAAGAGAGAAUGCGACUAAAAUGCGCAUUGAAGAAGCAUGUGCGCGAUAUCCCAAUGUCGAGCCUAUCGUGGCAUAUAUGCCCGAGCCCUUUGGGACGCAUCAUUCCAAGAUCAUGGUGCUUCUUCGGCAUGAUGACCUAGCCCAGGUAAUUAUUCAUACAGCGAAUAUGAUUGCCCAGGACUGGACGAAUAUGACACAGGCUGUUUGGCGCUCUCCUCUUCUGCCGCAAAAGCUGUCAUCGGCACCAGCGAGAGACAUGCCAAUUGGCUCUGGGGCCCGAUUCAAAAGAGAUUUCCUUGCCUAUCUCAGAGCAUAUGGCCCCUCCAAAACUGGCCCGUUAGUUCAAGAGCUGGAGACCUAUGACUUCGGAGCUGUGCGCGGGGCCCUUGUCGCCAGUGUCCCAUCAAAGCAGCAUGCCAGUGAAUCCAACUCAGACGAGGGCACACUAUGGGGAUGGCUCGCACUCAAAGACCUAAUGAGUCGAAUCCCAAUCAAGGCAGCCAACAAAGAAGGAAAAGAGAGUCUAAAGAAGCCUCACAUCGUCACCCAGGUACGAACCUCCCCAAACCCAACUAAUUACACAAGAACAACCCAUGUAACCAACAACACAAUACAGAUCUCAUCAGUAGCAACUCUAGGCCAGACGGAAAAAUGGCUAAAAGAAGUCUUCUUCAAAGCCCUUUCUCCAUCAUCACCUCCAAGUCAACAACCAAAACACUCAAUAAUCUUCCCAACACCCGACGAAAUCCGCCGCUCAAUAGACGGCUACACAUCCGGCGCCUCAAUCCACAUGAAGACUCAAAGCGCAGCGCAACAAAAACAACUCACAUAUAUGCGUCCUUAUCUGUGCCAGUGGGCCGGCGACGGUCUAACAAAUGGCACAUGCAUCGAUAUAUCCGGCGACGAGCCACCGAAGCGGGAAGCUGGUCGUGCGCGUGCGGCGCCGCAUAUUAAGACAUAUAUUCGAUUUCGGGAUGAGGGCAUGGAAAGCAUGGAUUGGGCGAUGAUUUCGUCGGCGAAUCUUUCUACGCAGGCUUGGGGUGCGGGUGUUAAUUCUGGGGGUGAAGUUAGAAUUUGUAGUUGGGAGAUUGGGGUUGUUGUUUGGCCUGGGUUGUUUGAGGAGGAGGGAAAGGGGGCGGUUAUGGUUCCUACUUUUCAGAAGGACUGUCCUUCUCCUUCAGAGGGGGAAGAGAAGGGGAAGGAGGAUGCUGCUUCUGUUGUUGUUGGAUUCCGUAUGCCCUACAACCUACCCUUGACGCCAUAUGGAGCGUCCGACGAGCCGUGGUGUGCCACUGCCUCAUACGAACUACCCGACUGGCGCGGACAGCGCUGGAUUGUUUGA